GACAGGAAGAAUUUCUAUCUUGAAAACUGAAAAAAAAUGAUUUAAAUUUUCAUUGACGAUGAUGAUUUUGAUGAAAAAGAAUACCAAAUCUUUCUACAUCUAUCUAAUGAUAAUAAUGAUUAUUAUAAUGAUAAUUAUCAUUGAUGAAUGUAAUUGUCGUCGUGGUAAAAGUAGCCGCCGCCGUAAAAUGCGUAAACAAAAUUCAAAAUUAUUAUUUCAUAAUAGUAAUUCAAAACGUGCCGAUUAUUAUAUGAAUGUUGAUGGUGCACAAAUAAUACGAUCAUCACAUUUUGAUUAUGAAUUCUAUCUUGGUCAUAAAAUUAUAUUCAUUUGUGUGGCUACUGGUGAUCCAUUACCAACAAUUACCUGGUUUAAAGAUGGUAUCGAAGUGGAUAAUAGUUUCAAUACUAAUCUACAUAUAAAUGAAUGGAAAUUUGGUGAAAAAGAAAAAGAAGCACAAAUAAAAAGUAAAUUAGAAAUUGAUCCAGCCAGACAAAUGGAUUCCGGUACAUAUGAAUGUAUGGCAAACAACAAAUAUGCAGUGGAUCGAAAAAAUUUUAAAGCCGAUUUUUAAAAAAUGUCAAAAAAUUCUCAAAUAUUUACCUUCGUUCAUUUUUAAUAAUUUGAACAUAAUCAUGUGAACGUGAAUAAUAACCAUCAUUAGUAAUUGUACCCCAAAAAUUUGACCAAUAUUCUUUUGGUCGAACUAGCAUUGGUGCAAUUA